AUGUAUAGGCAAGUGCAAGUACACAAUGACGACCGACGUUACCAGCGUGUUAUAUGGCGUAGGGAUGGAGAGAUAAAAACGUUUCAGUUAAAUACACUUACAUUCGGUGUUGCGUCUUCUCCGUUCCUCGCAAUUCGGACUAUACAGAAAUUCGCGGAAGAUGAACAACAUUUAUAUCCGCGAGCGGGCGAGGUACUCAAAUCGCAUCUUUACGUCGAUGAUUUACUGACCGGCGCUGAAACGAUAGAUGACGCUCGAAUAUUAAGAGACGAAGUGAUAACAUUGCUAGCUCGCGGUGGGUUUAAUAUUCGACAGUGGGCUUCAAAUGACAAACGCAUAAUUAAUGAUUUAACACCCAACGCGUUACAUGCGAACCUUGCGUUGAACGCAGAUCACGCGUUAAAAACGUUAGGCAUAACGUGGAAUAUACAAGACGAUGAAAUACGCUAUUUGACCAAACCGAUUGGAAAUGCAACAAAAAUAACCAAAAGAAACAUACUAUCAGAAAGUGCAAAAAUUUUCGAUCCAUUAGGCUUGUUAGGCCCUGUCAUCUUAUAUAUCAAGAAAAUAAUGCAGGACGUCUGGCGGUGCGGAUUACAUUGGGACGAGUCCGUCCCGCAAACCAUACAUUCUGAUUGGUUGGAAUUCACGAGACAAUGGGAAACGAUGGGUCAAAUUUCUUUCCCGCGUAAAUUAUUAACCGACGAUUGUCAAGACGUUCAAUUGCACGGGUUUUGCGACGCUAGUAAUACAGGUUAUGGGGCAUGUAUAUAUACGGUCGUUGGGAAAAGACGGAAAUGUAGUAGUCAGACUAUUAUGCGCUAA